AUGCCAACUCUCAUUCCUCUUGACGAUCUACUCGGGGUGGAGUUCAUUGGCGUGAUCUUAUCUACAGUGUCUACCUCUAUUAUACGUGUCACUGUGGCGGCGACGGCUUGUUCACGAGACUAUACGCUCAUAGAUUCCCUCCACGUUGCGCUCCUCGUGACGGCUUACUACUGGUAUACCGUCACCAACUUCGGCGACUAUACCGUCCUGGCCGCCGACACAUGCUUCUUCGCCAUGCGUGUGUAUAAGCUUCAUCCUCAGCGCGACACAAAUUCCGCGACCGCAGCUCCGCCGCGCCCAAAAACGCACUCGUUGAGACCCUCUUCGCCCGCCUUCACCAUCAGCGGCCUGUCAGCGGGCAUCGCCUGCGACUCGCUAAUUGCCGCCAGCAUCAUCUACUACCUCCAAAUUCGGCGGACCAUAUUUCCUAGGACAAACAGGGCGAUCAACCUAUUGAUCACAUAUGCACUAAACACGUGUGAGCUCAAUUCGCGGGGCAACCUCCGGGAGGCGCUCGACGGGCGCACAGUGGAGCUCGUCGGGCUACAGUCAACCACCGCAAUGACGAGCGCAAACAGCGAGAGCACCGUGCGGACGCCAGGAGGCGGGGCAUGGGGAAAGCAGUCUUCCUCUGCCCCCGCUUAUUACGAGAUGGAUAUCGACGGCGGACAGAAAGAUAGCACAAACUAUGCCAAGUUGAAGAAAGCGUCUUGUAGAAAAGACCUCAACCCAUCGACUGACACAAUAAUUAUGAAAACUAUGCAGUGGUUCGUGAACCCGAGGCUUGCGAACGCGGCUAUGAGCAACUCCUUCCCAACCAUACUAUGCUUUACCAGUGGAUGCCCCCCUCGAUGGCCAGGUUUAACAUCGUCUCUGGAAUUCUACAAGGGGACGAGAAAAUGUUCCGUCGGGCAAGUAUAUGUGACCUCUCUCCCGGGGCCUGCAAAGACAAGAAGAGACGGUGUUCGAAAGAUCGAGGGGAACCAAGAAUAG